AUGGAUCCGUACACCAUGUCUGGCCAUGAAUGUGCACCUUGUGGACGACAAUUCAGACUGUACCAGCAUUACCGAGAUCACCUUAUCCAUUCUACUCGGCAUUACUACUGCACACCAUGCCAUCGCGACUUCGUAUCUCAAGACGCCCUGGACAGCCAUCUUCGUAACUCUGAGCGACAUUUGAAUUGCGAAUGGUGUCAAACCGCAGUUGGAACACUUCGCAUUCACAAUCAGCGUCAUCACGAGCAAUGUUCGAAGUGCAAACAGUGGUUCAAAGACGCGAUCGAGGUCCAUCGACAUUAUUGCUUAGCUCAUGCUGAGUUAUACUGCGUUCCAUGCAGGAAACUCGUAGGGAACACCAACGAGUUGAAGAUGCAUUGCCUAUCGUCUGCACAUCGACCAAUCAAUGUCGAGUGUGCCCAUCCGGCUUGUGGUCGAUUCUUUAUCAGCAAAGCAGCCUUGGUCCAACAUCUCGAAGCAGGUACCUGCCUAUCUCGAGUUAACCUGGCGGAAGUCGACCACUACUUCAGCCGCCAUGCCGACAGAGGCCAAAGAUUUGUCAGAAGUAACUUGAUACUCCCUGCCUCCCUCGAUGACAUCUUUCGCGAUGACUAUGGCCGUUAUAUGUGCCAUCUUUGCCCAAAAUCUUUCCGGCACAAGGGCGAAAUCAUUUCGCAUCUCAGGAGUUCGAAGCACAAGAAUCGCGGCCAGAAGGCCUACAAGUGUCCUUCCGAUCGUUGCGAAAAGGCGGAGUUUUAUAGUCUGAGCAAUCUGAUGAUCCAUCUGGACAACAGUGAUUGUGACGUGUCCUAUGCGCGCGAAUUGGACGUACUAGUCAAUAAGUUGUUGGAUGUUUUGGAGCGGCUCUAG